AUGGAUUUGUUCCGCCGCGCCUAUCGGCGUGUGCCUACCAUUGUGCCACAGCUGCCCACCACCGACGAGAAGGACAAGAUGCGCCCCAAGGGCCUCUCGUCGCGCCUCGCCAUCUUCAAGAGGCCGCUGCGGUUAAAGGGCAACUCGAGCAUUUCCGUGCCGCUCGGCGUCGUCGUCCUCUUUCCGUGCAUCGUUGUUAUCCUCAUCCUGGUGCUGUUUGUCAGGCACCCCAGCUCGCCCGGCCGCAUACUGAUGCCCGCCGGCGCGCCCCCAGCCAUCCGCAAAAUCAGCGAAGAACAUGACAAGGUCUUUGUCAACGGAUGCCUCGACCCCGACACGUCCAAGCCCCGUGCCAACGCCGCCUUCGUGGUCCUGGCCCGGAACAAGGAGCUGGACGGCGUCAUCCAGUCAGUCAAGUCCAUCGAGCGCCACUUCAACCGCUGGUACCACUACCCCUACGUCUUCCUGAACGACGGCGAGUUCAACCAGACCUUCAAGGACAUCAUCCAGAACUACACGUCGGCCCCCGUUGAGUUCGGCCGCGUCGGUCCCGAGAUGUGGGGAUACCCCGACUGGAUAGACCCCAAGAUCGCCAAGGAGGGUAUUGCCAAGCAGGGCGACGCCGCCGUCAUGUACGGUGGCCUCGAGUCGUACCACGCCAUGUGCCGCUUCUACUCUGGCUUCUUCUACAAGCACCCCCUGCUUGCCAAAUACGAGUGGUACUGGCGCCUGGAGCCAGAGAUCAAGUACUUCUGCGACAUUACCUACGAUCCCUUCCUCAAGAUGAUUGAGAACAACAAGACGUACGGUUUCACCAUCGCCGUCAAGGAGCUAAAGGAGACCGUCCCCAACAUCUUCCGCUACGCAUCCGCCUACAAGCGUCUCAACAACAUCAAGUCCCAGGGGUUGUGGGAGAUGUUUGUCGAACCCCAGGAGAAGCCCAAGGAGUCCAAGCCCGAGGAUGACCCCAACUACAAGCCUCCUUUGCCGGAGGAGAUACUCCGCAGCGACCCCGGUGCCAACAGUCUUCCGGAGAUCGACCCGGAGGCCAUGGAGGGCGAGAAGUACAACAUGUGUCACUUCUGGUCCAACUUUGAGAUUGCGAGGCUUAGUUGGUUCCGCAGCAAGGAGUACGAGGACUUCUUUGAAAUGGUGGACCGCAGUGGUGGCUUCUGGAUGGAGCGAUGGGGUGAUGCUCCAAUCCACUCGUUGGCGGCUGGUGUUCUUCUCGCCCCUAAGGACAUCCACUACUUCCGUGAUUUCGGAUACCGGCACACCACCAUCCAGCACUGUCCCGCCAAUGCCCCGUCCCGCCAGCUUCCGCGCGAUCCCUUCCUCGAGAAGACGACUCUUGACGAGAAGAAGCGCCAGGAGGAAGACGAGUACUGGGACCAGUGGGAUCCCGAGAAGGAGAACGGUGUUGGCUGCCGCUGCCGUUGCGAUACCGAUAUUGUCGAUGUCGAAGGCAAGGAUGGCUCCUGUCUGGCUGAGUGGGUCGACGUCGCUGGCGGGUGGGCAAGCCCAUAA